CUGGAGGAGUGCACCCUUCAACUGGCUCCACAUGGAAACUAUUUGGACCUGGACUCGUCGAUGGCCGAGCAGAGAGACGAGCUGGAGAGCUUCUAUGAAGACAUAGCAAAAGGGAAGAAGCCCAUCCUGAUCCUGAGGACUCAGCUCUCCGUCCGCGUUCACUCCAUCCUGGAGAAGCUGUAUAACUCUCAGGGUCCAGAGCUCCGACGCUCUCUCUUCUCUCUCAAACAGCUCUUCCAGGAUGACAAAGACCUCGUUCCAGAGUUUGUGGCCUCUGAAGGUCUGACGUGUUUCAUCAAAGUCGGAGCGGAGGCCGACACCAACUACCAGAACUACAUCCUGAGAGCUCUCAGUCAGAUCAUGCUGUUUGUGGACGGUAUGAACGGCGUGAUAAACCACAAUGAGACAGUCCAGUGGCUCUACACGCUUACGGGGAGUGUGUCUCGUCUGGUGGUGAAGACGGCUCUGAAGCUGCUCAUCGUCUUCGUCGAGUACGCAGAGUCCAACAGUCCUCUGCUCAUCAACGCAGUCAACACGGUGGACGGGAGGAGAGGUGUGAAGUCGUGGAGUAAUCUGAUGGAGGUCCUGGAGGAGAGAAACGGCUCAGACACAGAGCUGCUCAUGUUGGCCAUGACGCUCAUCAACAAGACUCUUGGGGUGCUCCCGGACCAGGACUCGUUCUACGAUGUGACCGACAGUCUGGAGCAGUUGGGGAUGGAGACGAUCAUCUUCAAACACAUGAACAACAGAGGGACGGAGCCCGACCUGCGCUCUCAGUUCACCAUCUACGAGAACGCUCUGAGGUACGAGGACGGGGACGUGGACGACUCCUCCCUUCACCUCCGUAAAGAGAGAAGAAAGACGGCCUUCGGCGAGCAGGAGGGACGCAAGAACCGCCGCACCUCCAGCCAAAACCUCCCUGACCUCCUCCCCUCACCCGCUGCUUCCUCCCCCACCCCGACCCCCACAACCUUCCUGCCCCCCUCCACUGAGACCACCCCGGUCUCCCCUGCCAUCUCCCCUACGUUCUCCCCCGCUGUCUCCCCCGUCGCCUCCUCCCCCAGCCCCACGGCGGGGUCAGGCAGCAGGGCCUCGUCUCCGCUGAUCUCCGAUCCUGACAGCUCCACCUCCAGUCCGUCCGGGUCCCACAGAGGGUCUCCUGUUCCUCCCCACACGGCCCCCAACGGUACCAUAGCAACAGAGCAGGAUGCAAAGUCACCGACCAGUCCGGGACGCUCUUUCCUCAGCCACCACAUGUCCGCUCUUGGUUUCGGCAGGAAGUCCAGACUCUUCACCAAAACCAGCUCUAUCUCUGAGGAGACGUCAGCCGCCUGCAGCUCGUCUCCCUCAGACCUCUCUCACCAGGAGAAGCCGUCCCAGUUGAACACGGAGCAGCCCGUCAAGACGGAGUCUAAAACCAGUUUCAACUCUGGGGAGGAUGACGUGUUCCGCUGCUCUGACGACUGUAAUGUAAACCAAGACAAGCCGGUUCUGAGGAGGUUUGAAGACACCUUCCUGCGCAGCCUGGCAGCCACACAGUGGGAGAAGAAGAGAAGAAGUAAACACCUGAGCCAGUCCAGACAGUCCACGUCUGAUGAUGUCAUAACCCCGAGCCCGCAGCCUGCGGAGGGGCGUGGCGAGGAGGAGUCGCCACGUCAGGGGCCGACAUCCAGCAGUUCCGACACAAACGGACACUCAGACUCCCAGAAUGACCCAGCCUCCUCGAUGCAGAGGCAGUGCAGCACUCUCUCCGAUGACAAGAAGUUUGUUCUGGACAUGCUGUACUCCAAAGCCUCUUCCACAGCGCCGCUGAGCCCGACUGCUGCAGCUCCUGACACCAACGAAGAAGAAGGCAGCUUCCUGGCUGGUGGAGAUCUGGGCGGUCGUGGUCGUGUGUUGGAGCGUCUCUCCAGCCUUAAUGCGCGCUCAGUGGAGCCCUCCGCUCCCAGCGAGAGCAGCGCCUCCCGCAGGGCGGAGCUGGAGGGGCUGGAAGGUUCGGCACAAGCAGCGCUGGCCCGACUGGCUGAAGAACGACAGACCCGAAACCUCCGGCAGCAGAGCAGCAUCGAUGUGGAGGGCCAAGCCCGCCGCCUGGAGACCACCCAGUUGAACCCGCUGGCUCCUGGCGGUCCCCCUGACGCCUGGGAGCAGCUGCAGCCGAGCGCCGCCGCCCUGCGCAUCAAAGACCUGGACUUCUCCGACCUGCUGGACGAGGAGGACAUCGACGUGUUGGACAUGGACUCUUUUGACUCCUCCUCCUCUUGUUAUUCAGGCCUCCCUCCUCCUGCUCCUCCUCCUCCUCCAGGCAUGGCUGGAGUUUCACCACCACCUCCUCCUCCCCUUCCCCCGGGCCUCGGCGGACCUCCCCCUCCUCCCCCUCCCCCUCCUCUUCCAGGAGGUAUGGCCCCUCCUCCUCCUCCUCCUCCCCCUCCACCAGGUGCUCCACCUCCUCCUCCUCCUCCCUUCUCCUCCUCGGCGGCUCCCUCUCAGAAGAAGAAGACGGUGAAGUUGUUCUGGAAGGAGCUGAAGCAGGCGGACGGGCCUCAGAAGUGUCGCUUCGGUCGGGGGACGGUGUGGGCGUCUCUGGACAAGGUGGCGGUGGACACCUCCCGACUCGAACACCUGUUUGAGUCUAAAGCCAAGGAGCUGCCUGUCGCCAAGAAAGGACCUGAGACGAAGAAGUCUGAGAUUCAUGUUCUGGAUCCAAAGAGGAGUAAUGCCAUCAACAUCGGGAUGACCGUGCUGCCUGCCGUCCACGUCAUCAAGACCGCCAUCCUCAACUUUGACGAGUUCGCCAUCAGCAAGGAGGGCAUCGAGAAGAUCCUGACCAUGACACCCACGGAGGAGGAGAAGCAGAAGAUCCAGGAGGCUCAGCUGGCCAAUCCAGACGUUCCUCUGGGCACGGCGGAGCAGUUCCUGUUCAGCCUGGCCUCCAUCAGCGCCCUGACCCCCCGCCUGCAGCUCUGGGCCUUCAAACUGAACUACGAAGCUCUGGAGAAGGAGAUUGCUGAGCCGCUGUUUGACCUGAAGUUGGGCAUGGAGCAGCUGGCCUCCAAUCAGACCUUCAAGAGAAUCCUCGCCACGCUGCUCGCCAUCGGGAACUUCCUCAACAGCUCCAACGCGAAAGGCUUCGAGCUGGGUUACCUGGAGAAGGUGGUGGAGGUGAAGGACACGGUGCACCGUCAGACUCUGCUGCAUCACACCUGCAGCCAGGUGGUGGAAAAUUACACCGAAUCCUCCGACGUCUACUCCGAGAUCCCCGCCAUCACCCGCUCUGCCAAAGUGGACUUUGAGCUGCUGUCGGAGAACCUGGUCCAGCUGGAGAGACGCUGCAAAGCAUCUUGGGACAACCUGAAGGUGGUGGCGAAGCACGAAACCAAGGCGAUGCUGAAGAACAAGAUGACGGAGUUCCUGAAGGACUGCACGCAGAGGAUCAUCAUCCUCAAGGUGGUCCACAGGAGGGUCAUCAACAGGUUCCACUCCUUCCUGCUGUUCCUGGGUCAGCCGCCCUCCUCGGUCCGGGACAUUAAAGUCACCAGUUUCUGUCGGAUCAUCAGUGAGUUCUCCCUCGAGUAUCGAACCACCAGAGAGCGAGUCCUCACCCUGAAACGGAAACGAGCCGCUCACAGAGAGAGAACAAAGACCCGAGGAAAGAUGAUCACCGAGACUGAGAAGUUUUCGGGGGCGGUGCCUCAGGACGACAGCCACUCCCCCGUCUCCAUGGCAGCAGACGGGGAGCCGGGUCAGGAGGAGGAGCACGAGAACAUGAAGAACCUUCUGAUCAGCACCAGCAACAGCCUGAGCGCCGAGCAGGGAGGAAUGAGGCGCUCCAGGGGCUUCCGCAGUCACGGCAGCGUGAGUCCGUCUCAGAUAUCUGCGGCCAGAGACGACGGCACCAACUCCCAGGACGACGCCACGGACGAGAUCAUGGACCGACUCGUCAAGUCUGUUACCCAGAAUCCCUCAGAUAGACCGUCCAGUCCCAAGUCCCGCAAACGGUCUCGAGUGAACAGGAAGUCAUUGAGGAGGACUCUGAAGAGCGGCCUCAGUCUGGAUGUGGUUCAGGCUCUCGGACUCAACAAGACAGCAGACAAGGUCUGAACGAUCAAUCAUUGAACAUUAUCUACAAGAGACUGAACCCAGACCAGCCGAGUGAGACCGCCGAACGCCACGAGAGAAACAGACCGUGUUCCUGCCUCUGUUUCCUGCACGAGAAGAAGCUCCAUUUUGAUGUGUUUGCUAGUGUGGCUCGUUAAUUUAACCGACUUCUUGAAGCUCUUUCACAUGAAUGUUUUACCAAUGUGACACCAAAGAAAUGACAGCAAACAGCCGAGAGAUUUAAGAUUUGGCGUACUCCACAUCGGGACCUUUUAAGAUAAAAUAAGCUUUAAAAAAAAAAUGUUUAACGCUCUAACGUGUUCAAAGUCCUAAAAGUUUAAGUGAGUGUUUGCUGGCACUAAAAAUCUGAAAAAUCACUAAGGUGGUACCGAACGGUUCAACACUUCCCCUGCCACUGCUUGAAUGUGUGUGUGUGUGUGUGUGUGUGUGUGUAUAAAGCGUCUGUGUAUCUGUGUGUGUGUUAUUUUAUUAAAAGUAAUCAGGAUGUACAGUCGUUGGAUGUGAGCACGUAUCGUCUGUACAGUCAACUUGUUGUUGUUGUUUUUUUUUUUGCACUUUAGUUCAGUUUUUUUGUGACUUGUAGUUCAAAUUCUUCUUCACUGGUUUUCAGACACAAACUGUGUGAAGGACGACGACUGUUUUAACUUAAAGGUGAACAUUUUACAGAAAAAAGAACGUAAAGAUCAAAUGUGUUCCUCAUCAAUAAUAAAGGUUUUUAAUAAAAAGAA